AUGGGUCUGCAAUUCUCCGGGUCGCUGACGGCCAACGGCGUGGUGGCAGCCAGGUCCAAUGGCCGGCAUGCUUCAUAUGGCGCGCGCUCUGGGAUCUGGCGAGAUCUGGUUGCUGGGCCAUGUGGCUGGAAAUAG